ACGGGCUUGAACCAAAAUCUGAUUUCACAACAAAACUAAAUUAGGGUUUCUGUCAUAUUUAUACAAUCAAAAACCUCAUACACUCUACUGAGCCACCGGCGACACUCAGAGAGAUCAAACCUAUCAUUUCCCAUUCUCUCAGGAUGGUUUCUUUCAGGUUUCAUCAGUACCAGGUGGUUGGGAGAGCUCUCCCUACGGAGUCAGAUGAGCACCCGAAGAUUUAUCGUAUGAAGCUUUGGGCUACCAAUGAAGUUCGCGCCAAGUCCAAGUUCUGGUAUUUCUUGAGGAAGCUGAAGAAGGUGAAGAAGAGCAAUGGUCAAAUCCUUGCUAUCAACGAGAUUUAUGAGAGGAACCCAACCAAGAUUAAGAACUAUGGUAUCUGGUUGAGGUACCAGAGUAGGACUGGCUACCACAACAUGUACAAGGAGUUCCGUGACACCACUCUUAAUGGUGCCGUUGAUCUCAUGUACAAUGAGAUGGCUUCACGCCACAGGGUUCGUUUCCCCUGCAUUCAGAUUAUCAAGACUGCCACCAUCCCAGCUAAGCUCUGCAAGAGGGAGAGCACCAAACAAUUCCAUAACUCCAAGAUCAAGUUCCCAUUGGUUUUCAAGAAGAUCAGACCACCAACCAGGAAGCUCAAGACCACCUACAAGGCCAAGAAGCCCAACUUAUUUAUGUAAUGUGGUUGAGUUUUGAAAUUAUCUAUGUUAUCUUCAAACAUCCAUGUUGUUUAUCUAUUACCUGAUUUUGCUAUGAGGAUAUUUAGACCAUUUUUGGUUACCAAUACUUUUGUUUCUGUUGGAUAUUUUCCCAAUUUUGGAGUAGAAUUUGACUUAUUUA